UGUAGAUUAUGCAUUUAUGAGAAAAGUUAAAGAUAAAGAAGAAAGACAAGAGAAACUAAAUGCUAGAAAAAAACGUCAUUAUGAACAAUGUGCUGCUACUUUUAAUAAACAAUCUAUUGAUUUCAGUGAUGACGAUUUUUCCGACGAAGUUGCAAGUACUAGUGAAAUUGACUGUUUACCAGUGUCUUCUACAGAAUAUAAAUCUAAUAUAAUAGAUACUUCACAAACUCAACUCACCGUCACUAAUAAAACACGAGGUAGAUUAGAAAUCAUGACAGCAAAAUUAUCUUCAGCCCUUGACCGUUGUAAAAUUAGUGACAGAGAUGCAGUUCACAUAAUAAUUGCAGUAGCAGAAGCACUUAAAGUUGAAGUUAGUGAUUUAGUUGUGAACAGAUCUUCCAUAAAACGAUAUCGCGAGCAAUCGCGUAUGGUUUUAGCAAACAAUAUUCGUAAAAAGUUUUCAACAUCUGAAUUAAAUGCAAUAGUCUUACACUGGGAUGGUAAAUUGCUCCUUGAUUUAACUGGAAAACAAACUGUUGAUAGAUUGCCAAUUGUUAUAACUAAUAAUGACAGUGAACAACUAUUAGGUGUACCUAAAUUAUUACAAGGCACUUCAAAAGCUCAAGCAGAAGCUAUUUACCAACACUUAUCUGAGUGGGGAUUAAUGGAUCACGUAAAAGCAAUAUGUUUUGAUACGACUGCGACAAACACGGAUUAGU